AGGUGGACAUAGACGGCGAGAACGCUCUUUUUAAAUAUGCGGACGAUUCAAAUAUAAUAGUGCCAGUUUGGAGUGACGGUCCUGAUACAUCAACAGAUACAGUUGGACAAUUCCUGAGCUGGUCUGACGAUAAUUUUAUGACUUGUAACCCUGGUAAAUGUAAAGAGCUUAUCAUCCGGAAGAAGGGAUAUAAUGAUCAACUCGACAAUGUUUAUAAUAUACCCCAAUGCAAAGAACUUCCCAUUUUAGGUACUACUUUUCAAGACAAUCUCAAGUUAACCAGUCAUGUGCGAGGUAAAUUGGUCAAAGCAAACAAAUGCUUGUACGUUAUACGAACACUCCAGGGCAGUAGGCUAUAGCCAAUGUGAGAUAGCCGGAUUAUCUAUUUAAGACCCUAGUAAUAUCUACUAUAACGUUUGGCCUGUCCGUCUACGGUUCUUCUCCAGCCGAACUCAGUACUCUACAACGGUUUUUUCAAAACAACGUCAACGAUGCUUUAAUCAAAGAGCUUAAAUUCGCUUCAAAAUACUCGAAGGAACGACAAAAUUCGGCCAAAAUACAUCCGAGGCAUGCAGGAGAAAACAGUUGAAUAUGUUGGUCAAUCAGUGGCUUAACGAAUUCCUGUUUACUGCACAGCACCUAUACAUGCCUCGGAUAUAUUUUAGCCGAAUUUUGUCGUUCUAUCGAGUAUUUUGAAGCGAAUUAAGCUCUUUGAUUAAAGCAUCUUUGUUUUGAGAGUUGUAUGUUAUCAUUCUUGCCGGCGAUAUCGAUUAAAUUCGAAAGAAAUGCAUUUAAAGUCGAAAAAUCGAAGAAAGAUUUAGGCGCCGUAUGCAAGUCUGACCUAUUUUAUGCAAGUCUGACCUAUUUGUGACCACCUCAUAAUCUCGUUGGACAAAAUUUUAGCAUUUUACCCAACAGCAGGUGUAAUUGUUAUGGGUGACUUUAACCAGUUCGACUCCAAACGCCUUUGCAGAAACACGUCACUUAAACAAAUUGUAAAGAAACCUACCCGUGGGAAUGCAACUUUAGAUUUAAUAUUUACUAAUAUGAAACGUUGUUACAAUGACCCUGAAAUACUCCCUGCUAUUGGACAAUCGGAUCACAUGUCAGUCCUGUUACACCCCGUUAGUAACAAUCACCGCCCUAAUACCAUUACCAAAGUUUGGGUCAGAAAGCGGAAGCAAUCAAAUAUGCAGGCAUUUGGUCGAUUUCUUUUGGAUCUUAACUGGAAUGUACUUUCGCAGCUACCCGAUUGUCAAAAAAUGUGUGACCUGUUUUAUGACAUUAUUCUCAUGGGUUUGGAUACAAUUUUUCCCCAAAAAUCUGUUAAACUUCACUGUAGAGACAAAGCGUGGAUUACCCCUGAAAAUUAACUCCUCAUCUCCCAACGACAAAAGGCCUUUGUCUUGGGAAAUACAAUUGAAUACAACAAAUUGCGAAAUAAAGUAAUUCACGUCGUGAAACAGGCAAAGUCUAAAUACUUCGAGUCUCAAGUGAAUCAUCUAAAAAAUUCAAAGCCAAGGAAAUGGUGGAGUGCUAUUAAAAACCUAGCUGGCUUUUCUUUAAAGCCUGCCUUCCAUUCUGCAGAGGUGAAUGGAACUAUCUUGCAGGGACGAGACUUAGCACUCGCUGUUAAUAACGGGUUUUUAGCCGCCACUAAAUCGUUACCGCCGCUUUCAAUUACUGAUAAAUUAUCUGUGGAAGAACCUACUGUUUUGUACCCUAUCUCCGUUGUUGAUGUCAGAUCGCGUUUAAAAGCAGUUAAAUCGAAUAAAGCUCCAGACUCUCUGCCAAAUUGGAUUCUCAAUAACUUUUCAAUGGAGAUUUCAGAACCUGUGACAAUGAUUUUUAAUGCCUCCAUUAAACAAGCACAAGUUCCAAUGCAGUGGAAAGAAGCAAAUGUCGUUCCCGUCCCUAAGACAUCCUCGGUCACGGAUAUAUCUUCAGACCUGCGACCUAUAUCUCUGACCGCCGCGCUCUCAAAGGUUCUUGAAUCAUUUCCAUUUCAAUGGAUUAUGGAUACCAUUAAGUCUCAGUUGGACCCAAAGCAAUUCGGAUCGUUAAAAGGCUCUUCUACGAUAGACGCAUUAAUUAGCAUGUUCCACUGUUGGUAUUCUAACACAGACGGCAAUGGCGAGUUCGUGUUUUUCUGCUUGACUUUAGUAAAGCAUUCGACAGAAUCAACCACAAAAUCCUGAUAAAAAAGAUGCAAUUACUAAAUAUUGAUAAAUCCUUAAUAAACUGGGUUAUUGAUUUCCUGAUGCAAAGAAGACAGAGGGUGAAAUUGGGUUCUUCGUUCUCUGAUUGGUCCUUGGUAAAUGGAGGCGUCCCGCAAGGUACAAUCCUUGGCCCAUUACUCUUCCUCAUCAUGGUCAACGAUUUGGCUAUUAACCGCACAAAGAUAGAUGGAAAUAUGUUGACGACACUAGUCUCUCCGAAACAAUCGGUAAAGGUUGUCAAAGUAACCUGCAAUCCGUUAUUAAUAAUAUCGAUCAAUGGUGCACGGAAAAUGAUGAUGCUUAAUCGUUCUAAAUGCAAAGAACUAAUUAUCUCGUUCGCUAAGGACGUCCCUAAUCUUCGACCAUUGUUUAUUAAAGAUCACUGUAUGUCCCCAGUUUUAUCAGCAAAGGUUCUUGGUCUGUACUUUUCUUCUGAUCUUAGUUGGAACUUACAUGUUGAACACAUAGUAUACAAGGCAUCAAAGAGACUUUUCUCCGAGUGCUUAAACGCAGCGGUCUUGGAGGGAGUUCUCUAAUUCAAGUCUAUACCACAUGUAUACGACCUGUGCUUGUGUGUUUGAAUAAAUUAGACCAUAUAGGCUCAGUACAAAAAGAUUAUUUUAAUAACUACGUUUCGGAGUAUAACUCCAUCUUCAGGUUAAAAAGUAACUAAAGAUAUAAAACUUUAAAAACAAUCACAAAUUUAGACAAAAUCCGUUAGGAUUGCGUAUAAUAGCUGACGUGCGCUUCAAACUAAUUCGUGUCCGUGCGCGCGCUUAAUUUUUUCCCCCCAUGGCGUGUCCGUGAGAGCGUUAAAAUUUCGUGUCCGUGCCUGCAUAUGUAAUUACAUUAAACUAUAUACAAAAUCCCUUAACUUCCUGCAGCUCAUCCUUUGAGUUCAGGUCAGGUUGCAUUCUUUCAAUGUAGAAUGCCUCCGUGACUUUUCUUUCCAAUGUUCCUUUUGUUUUCUUCAACAUCGAUGGAAUAAGCUUAGGCGAUUGACCCGGGUGUAACUGUUUGUAAUGUUUCGAGAAUGCCAUAUGUUGGUAAGAUUUCGCAUCGGGAUUUCUCGCAGAGCGAAGAUGUUCAUUGAACCUCACAGCGAAUGGUCGGCUGGUUUCUCCCACGUAAAUUCCAUGGUUCUUGUCACAUAAACCGCACUUUAUGGAGUAGACCAAAUCCUUCCGGAAGCACAUAUUCUUCUUGUCGCAAACUUGACAAAACUUACAUUUCGGACCAGUUUGGCAAUGGCAGACCUGUGCUUGAAUAUGCAUGCCAGGUUUGGAACUUAAACUCCCCUGACUAUUUAAAGGAAGAAAUCGAAAGAAUUCAGAAGCGAGCCCUACGAAUAAUAUGUCCUGACCGGUCAUACCGCAAAGCCUUGGAAGUUCAUGAAAUAUCGUUGCUCUCUCAAAGACGAAAUAAUUUAUGUAAAUCCUAUUUUAAGAAACUUCUCAACCCAACUUAUCCCUAAUAAACGCGAGGACUUACGUACUUACAAUCUACGUAAUGAUCAGCAUAUUAACUUGAUUAAUUGUAAGACUACAAGAUUUAGUAAAAGUUUUAUUCCUUCUAGUAUCGUAUCAUAUAAUGAUUCAUUUUAAUUGUAAUAUAAAUUUUAGUUUUAAUAUACCGUAUAUUACUAUAUGUAUUAGUUUUACCAUGUAUUUUAAAUGUUAACUCUGUACAAUUCAGCUCUUAGCUGCCAUUCAGAUUUUGUAAUAAAUUCAAUUCAACAAUUCAAUUCAAUUCGAUAUGUGCCUUCCUUCUAUUUUUAAUACAAUCUCGAAACCAGAGCCCGCAAUCCUCUGUGGAGGUAGAGGAUUGCGGGCUCUGGAUUCGAGAUUGUUUUUAAUAUCCCCAAGAGCAGGCGCGCCGGAAUGGCCCAAUGCUAUGCGGGCUAAAAAUAUAAACAACUAUAUGACUAAUAACUAUUACACCAUUAAACUAUUGAAUAAAAAAAUAACCUGGGAUCCUGUGCUGUGACUCGCAGACUCGCAACUCGCAGACUCGCAACUCGCAGACUCGCAAUAUAGCCGACCUCCGCUAAUCAGAAUGCGCUGUUUCGUACCUGCCAUAGCUGAAACAAACCCACAAAAUGUAAAUAAACUAAGAUCACGAUCAAGUUAAGUUGGUCUACAUAUAGGCGUGCGGAGUCGAGGGAAAAGAGUUUCUGUCCACUGUGGAAGGGAGGAGGGGAGUUCGAAACAUCACUAAAGAAAAUUUGGCAACGUUAUAUAUUUCUUCCUUUUCAACGACUCAACACAUCGCGCUUCCCAUUCAUCAUUAUUGGGAGGCUGGAGGGCUUCCCCUGACCCUUACGUCUGAUUGGUUGGGAAAAUGCUCUGCUUUUGAUUGGUCACAGUAUCGAGAAAAAUUACUGUGAUGAUCCAAUUUGAAAGCCGCAAUCAGUGGCGCCGUAGCCUGGCCGGGGGAGGCAGGGGGGCGAUGCCCCCCCCCCUAUUGUUGAGACCCGUUGGACAAUUGUCAAUGUUGUCGGAAAUUGUCGGAAAAUUGUCAAUGUUGUCGGAAAUUGUCAAAGUUGUCGACGGGGGUGAAUAUUUAAAAUGUUGUCGUCCAGAAAAAUUUUUUGGUUUGUCGGAAACAUUUUCCGGUUUGUCAGAAAAGUCCUGCCCUUGCCCCCACCCCCCCCCCAAAAAAAAAAUGGGUCCCACGGCGCCACUGGCUGCAAUACACCCUUCCUUUGACUGGCUGCAAGGCCCUCGAGUUGGACUUAUAAGCUUGGAAAGCUGAUUUAAAUGCGUCAAUUUUGAAGGUGAAAAGAGAACUACAAAGAAGAAACAACUAGCCAGGGGUCCAGUGAUCAGUCUCAAUUCUCAAUUAGAUGACCCCCAUAGAGAUGCCUGCGGAGGAGGCUUAGAAAUAAACACAAAGAAAAAUCAUAAGCGUGUCGUAUCUUUAUAUGUGAUAAAACUAAUCAUGUUAAUUUACAUAAACUUUAGCUUUGAUUUUCUCGGUUUAGACAAACUUUAUUUUAAAAAUUACUUCGCUAAUGUACUCAUCAGAAGAUGGGUCGUUUUUUAAGCCAUUUAAAGCACGCGUAUAAGAGUGUGUUAUCAAUUUAUCAGAUAUAAAACGCUCGGCUGCGCCUCGCGUUUUAUAUCUGAUAAAACACUCCUACGCGUGCUUUAAUUAAAUAGUACUUAUAACAUUAUACCGUACAAAGAUUUUACUGAUGUAAGAUGGGGGAACAACUGAACAUUAUUUGCCUAGUUAUAAAGCGAAAUAACAACAGUGAAUCAGUGUUAAUCGACCUGACGAAGAACGGUCGUUUUACAAACUGAAAUUAAAUUGUUUCAAACGUAGUUUUUCGAAAAAUGUUAACAUUUCAACCUCGAUAGUCCCGUUUUGUAUGAACGUAUUAAGUUACAAAUAAGUAUGAGAGUAAAAUUUUCAGAAACCUGUAUCUGUUGAAUGCAGGGUUCUACCAACGGUGGGCGGCACCGGACGACAGCGGCCAGCACGUAGUCAGAAGUACCUCUCGACCCUUCACUCACGGAGUCACGCCAAACAUGAGCUCAUGAUCCUGUCUGGCACUUGA